AUGGCUCCAGGAACCGCCGUAUCUGCCUCGUCAAAGAAACGAAGAUUCCAGGUCCCUAUUACGCAGUACUUUUCUCCUUCCCCUUCACAGCAAACAGAAAGCGAACCCUCGUCGCAUUUCAACUACAACGCACCCACACACUCGGCGCACCCAAGCCUACCUCCCACGAUACAGUCGUCUCUCCUUGCUGUUGGCAUGCGAGUUCGAAAAGCUGUGCCGGAAGGAUACCGAACGAAACUCAUAGCCAAGGCCAACAAUCACCAAUCCAAGACUACACCCCGGGACGAACAUUAUACAGACAGCUCAAUAUCCCCUGCAUAUACCGAACUUAUCCCCUUCAGCGGAGCGUUCAAGGUUGGGAAUUAUGGAGUACAAUCGUUCCCUCAGCCUUCAGCAGCUGUGACUGAGCCAAUGACAGCUGCAAGACAGCUGGACGAGGAAUCUCUUCCGUUUAGCAGCCAGGAGUCCACCCAAUCAUUUGAAUCCUCCUCAUCGAUUCCAAGACCUAAUUCGUAUAAACGUGGAUUCGAAAUUGAAGAAGAUGACGAGGAUUUCGAUGGUCAGGAUUCCUUUCCCUCACGCAUUCACCCUUCACAUUCUCGACCCAUUCUAUUGCCUAGGAGUGGGAGACAACGAACCUUGAGAUCGAAGGCAUCCUCUCCUUCCUCAUCAUUACUGAAGGGAAGAUCAGAACAGGAGAACUGGGACCUCGCAUUCAAUUUCAAUAAUGGUGGUGGUGGCGAUUUUGAAGAUGCCGAUUUUCUGAAAAGGAGAGAAGACGUCGAUGAAGAAUACUUGCGGCGGGCAAGGGAGGUCCGGAUGGGCGGAGUUUAA